GCAAGUCAAAGGUGCACUUACUAGUUCAAUAGUCCACUCCUGUUGUCUAUUGCAUUGAGUUGAAAUCACUCUUCAACUUACAAAACUCUGUUCUUUCCUCCAUGAAUUCAAUUUCUUUAGGUACCUUCGUCUUCACUCCCCCUCCAGCAUGCAAGUUCCGCCCCCUUCUUCAAACCAAACACCAACCCAUCUUCCACAGCCUCUGCAGCAGUGGUCUCACUCUCUCCCGAAUUUCUCUGACCCAAAAACCCACUUUUCUACGAGCCACGGACUCAAACACCGACGCCCCCAUUUCCCUCCCCGAGGGCGCGUCCUUCGUUUCCAUCCCAGAAAUCAUCGAGAAGGACUGGUCCGUGCUCGAUUGCGCCGAACACCGAAACAUUGACCGCAUUAUAGCUUCCGGCAACGUCGGACAGAAUUCGAGGGUUUUGGUCUCAACUGGGUCCGAAGACUUUGUUGAUACCUUAGUGGGUUUAACUCCCUCUGUGUUUGUUGUUCAUGACUCGCUUCUCACGCUGGCUUGUAUCAAAGAAAAAUAUGACAGGGUCAAGUGUUGGCAAGGGGAGAUUAUUUAUGUUCCGGAAAAGUGGGCUCCUUUUGAUGCUGUGUUUCUUUAUUUUCUACCUGCGUUGGCCUUCAAACUUGACCAAAUUUUGGGCUCUUUGGCUGGGAAAUGUGCAACGGGUGGAAGGGUGAUUAUCAGUCAUCCCAAAGGGAGAGAAGUAUUAGAACAGCAACGAAAACAGUACCCAGAUGUUGUAGUUUCUGACCUACCUGAUAAAACAUAUUUACAAAGUGUUGCAGCUGCCCAUUCUUUUGAUGUGGCUGAAUUUGUGGAUGAACCUGGCCUUUAUUUAGCCAUUUUGAUCUGCUCAAGGGCUUAAAAACUAGAGUGUAUACAUUUGAAUACACAAUUUGAUUGAACUUUUUAUAUGGUGUUUUCUUUUUUUGACUGUUAGCUUGAAUUUUGGGAUGGAAAAUUAUAGAAUAAUUUGAUUGAUAUGUGAGCCUUCCCCUCACUUGGCUUCUGGAA